AGGCAGAGCGGGAAAAGGAAAAGCUGAAGAAGAAGGCGAAAACAUCGGAAUGGCUAUUGAUGGUGACCAAUCUCGUGUACCUGAGUGGAUGCGGUUUGGCGCCUCUCCCCCGGACACUGGAAGUGAUGACGACGGAACUCACGACAAUGGCUACGGAUGCGCAGAAUUGGGGAAUCCUGGGGUCAGGUAUGUUGAAGAGAUGUAUAAAAGCAUUGGUAGGUCAGGGAAAGAAGCUGUUGACCUGUGGCGUUCCGGAUUUGGUGGACAUAAUGGUCGAAGAUACGUCAUACACGACGUUUUUCGACUUGGAGCUGCCCACAGAGAUCCGGAGGUCAUUUCAAAGCAGCUGGCUCGGCUCUCCACAGGGACUUUCAUCGUUUCCGUCCACGGCUGCCACCUCCACUGUGUUCACGCCUGCCGCUUCUCAAACAGCACGUGCAGGUGCUACAUCACGAAGCACCUGCGCGGGAAGUUCGGGAGGUGGGUGGCUCGCAGAAAUCGCCAAGAGCGUGAAUACAGCGAGGAAUGGUGGAGUUAUCUCGCAAUAUACUUAUGCAGCGGUGGACGGAGGGCAGCUAAAGUUUCAGUCGAAGGGAGAAAUUGGUCAUACCACAGUAAGACUGGAACUUUACCCGUUCGCAAAAAUCGUUCAGCAGAAGCCGUUCAACUGGUGGGUCGACGCGGAAUGGCGGACGCUGUUCCACCUGGAUCCCCAAGACCCGGACCUAGCUGUGCUGAAGGAGAUUUGCGAGCGGAAAACGAAAGCUCUUGUGGAGAGAGGAGUGGAGGGGACAAUGAUACAUCCCGAAUACAAAGAAGAAACAAGGGCGAGCAGAUCCUAGAUCGAAUAAUGGGAUGUGUCGUGACCCCGCUGGGAAGGUUUUUCGAUACGCGAUUGUGGCUAGAAGGGCCUUUCCGAUGGAUGCCUUUGGACCAAAAAUGUCUACGUGUGGCGGUAAGAUUAGCGCAAUUUCACUACACUCAGAUGACGUAUACUGAGAUUUUGAACAAAAUACUCAACGUUCCCGAGAAGAAUCGCUUGUUUUCGAGCAAUACUCCUCAAGAAACUUAUUACAGCGAAGUCGAGAGUUUUGAAAUUGCGUUAAUCUUGCUGUCGCACCAGAUGCAAUUUUCCAAUAUUAAGGCAUUCUUGGAGGACCUUCUCGACAUAAUCGAUAAAAAAAAACCAAAAGUCAACAGUUUCUUUGUCUGGGCGCCUGCGAAUUCGGGGAAGAAUUUCUUUUUCGAUAGUGUUCUGCAAAGCUGCGUAAACUUCGGGCAGAUGGGUAAUUUCACUAAAUACGAUAAUUUCCCUCUGCAGGAGUGCGUACAGCGCAGAAUAAUAUUGUGGAACGAACCUAGUUGCGAGAGCUCUUCACUGGAGACACUCAAAUGCAUUCUGGGCGGUGACACUUGUAACGUUAAAGUCAAGUACUCUAACGAUUACAUUUUGCACCGCACUCCGGUGAUAGUGCUCUCGAACAACGAUAUCUUCCCGAACGAGCAGGCGUUCAGAACGAGGAUGAUACGGUACACUUGGCGUACGGCACCAUUCUUGAAAGAUUACAGCAAAAAGCUGCAUCCUCUGACCCUGAUGUACCUUUUGCUAACGUACAAUCUUCUAGACAGACGCUACGUAAGGUACGAUGACGACAAGUUUUCACAAUGUCUGCGCAUCCACGACAAGAUGGAAGUGGAGGACGCCAUUGUUGGAUUGACUGUGGACACUAACGCCGAGGGAGAGGACAUCUGGAUGGACGAAGAAAUAGUUUGAAAAAAAAUAUUAUGUGAUUAGUAAAUAAGAAGAGAAAUUUUGUGAUUAAUAUACAUGUUUUAUUUUUAA